AUGCAGCAGCGAGAGGCCGCAGAUUUCCUGGGCAUAUCCUUAACGGCUCUCAAAGUUGCAUGUCGGCGAAUGGGGUUGCCCAAAUGGCCUUACAUUAGAAAAGCCAGUGCGAAGGGAUCCAACACUUCGGACGACGAAUCUGCAAGAACCCCAGGUUCCGAUGCCGAAAGCAGCUCUGUGGUCUCUGAAAGACUGUGGUGGCCGAUUGACUCAUUGCAAGACAAGCAUAAGCUCGCGUUUAGGGAUCAAGAGAUCCUUGAGCGCAGCCUCACAAGUUGGGGCCUGAGUUCCGUAGGCCAAGCAUUGUGGAUGGAUGAGGCUUUGAAACACUGCGAGUUUCCUUAG